AUGGCCCCUGAUGAACCUGCUACUCCGAAAGCCCUGGAGUCCGUGAUGCUGGCCGACGUCGCUUGCGAGACUCCGGUACACUUCCAGGAGAAUCCAAAGUUUCGGGUGUCGCACUCAAAGGCAAAUCUUGGACAUGAGAUGAUCGCGCUCACUCCUUCCUACGAGAUUGCCAAGAAUGACAGCAACAUCGACAAGAGCUACGAGUGGAAUGAGUGGAAGCUGCGCCAGGAGGCACUGCACGUGGCCGACAUCCGGCGGAAGACGACCUCGACCACUCAGACGGCGCUUAGCCACCUCCGUCGGGAAAACGAGACGCAGGUCUACCUCCCGAAGGAGAUGGCAACGAACACCACGGCGAGCCGUGGCACGAACCCGCCGAGGCUGAAAAAGUACUACACUGGCCUUCGUGGGGAGCCGCGGCAAAUGCAGGUGGCCGAGUGCCGAUACGACCUUUAA